UUGAAAUAGCUCAAGAGAAAUGCAGGAUAUGUAAACUUAGAGAAUCCAUCCCACAGGGACUAUUAGUGCGUGACCUGUGGUAGAAUAAGUAGUAAUUGGUCUGAUCAGCCACAGUAGGACACACUGUAACUUGACUCUAGCAUAGUGAUGCCAUGUUGGUCCUCUUUGAGAAUGAAGGACAACAACCAAUCAACCAACCAGUAUACCUGUCUUCCCAUAACCCGUCCGACGUUAACUGUUCCCAUCUUUUGUCAUUGUUGCCAAUUUGCAGGUCGAAGAAGAAAGGCUUGAGUGCAGAAGAGAAGAGAACUCGUAUGAUGGAGAUCUUUUUUGAGACAAAAGAUGUAUUUCAGUUGAAAGAUAUGGAGAAGAUUGCUCCCAGAGAGAAAGGAAUUACUGCUAUGUCAGUGAAGGAAGUCCUUCAAAGCCUAGUUGAUGAUGGCAUGGUGGACUCUGAGAGGAUUGGGACAUCUAAUUAUUUCUGGGCUUUUCCAAGCAAAGCAUUGCACGCAAGGAAACGAAAAUUGGAGACAUUGUCAACUCAGUUUUCAGAGGGGAAUGAGAAGAAAGAGAAUCUACAACAAAGCAUCAAGAGAGCCAAAAUUGGCCGACACGAUACGGAAGAACGUGCCUCACUGUCAAAGGAGCUCGCUUCCCUCCAGCAGCAGAAGGAGCAGCUAAAAGCUGAAUUGGAAAAAUACAAAGAAUGUGAUCCUGAAGUUAUAGAAGAAAUACGGCAAGCAAAUAAAGUAGCCAAGGAUGCUGCUAACAGAUGGACUGAUAACAUAUUUGCUAUAAAGUCUUGGGCUAAAAGGAAAUUUGGAUUUGAAGAAAGUAAAAUUGACAAAAACUUUGGAAUUCCAGAAGACUUUGACUACAUCGACUAAAACAUCCUGUGGUCGUUCUAGAUUACUUGUGUGUAUUUGUGCAUAUUAAUACUGUCCUUCCAAGAUUAUCAAACUGUCAUACACUUGCAACUGUGGGGUUUUUUUUUAUUUGAAUUCCU